AUGAGGCUGCUAUUCUUUCUCUUUAUCCUCCUUGUAUAUCUUAUCCAAACAUCAUCAGGGCACAAAAGAAAUGCACAAUACCUUCAAUGUAAGAAAAUGGGUGCUAUCUGCAAGUCUCACAAAACCCAUGGGUGUUCCAUCCUGCCUGUGGUAUGCAAGAGUCGGUACAAGCACUGCUGCAGAGUGUAG